GUGUCUUGUAAUUCAAUUGUUGUUGGCAUAUGGCGUCAUCUUCUAGCCAGUCUCGUGCUAUGAAGCACAAGAGCAGGCACAUAUCGCAACUUAAUAUAGAGGACAAUGAUGAUUUUAGUUUUGUCUCUCGCCGAGGGGUAGGCGAUAUCGACUUUAGUGUUGGUGCUGAACUACCACCAAUGGUAGAUUCCGACGCAGAUGAAGGGCCGGUGGUUGUAAAUGCCCACGAGUUUAUACAGCGCCGUUCUCCGGUUAAACAUGAGCGUGAACCGUCCCUCAGUCCACCCCGUAGGACCGUAGAGGUUGACAACGAUGAUGACGAGGUGGUAUAUCGUGACAAAAGUGGGAAGCGGAUUACUAGGGACCAAUGGCUGGUGCUUCAUGCUAAGCGCGUUGUUAAAGCUAAAAGAGCCGAACCAGCUCAGGAGCUUGCUUGGGGCAAGGGAUUAGUACAGAAGGCUGACUUGGAGGCACAAGCACAGGAGGAGCUUAAAAUAUCCAAGCAGCCGCUCAAUCGUUACGACAUUGAUGAAGAUUAUGACCAACAGUUAAAGGAACGUACUCGUUGGAGUGACCCUAUUAAUGAUACAAGCUCUGUUACUAACGAAGAUCAACCUGACAAUGUGCCUAAAUGUAGAUUUACGGGUCUUCCAAAUAGGUUCAACAUCCAACCCGGGUACCGUUGGGAUGGCGUCAUUCGCGGUAACGGGUAUGAGGAGCGUUGGUUUAAGGCUCGUGCCCGAACGGCAGCCAAAGAGCAGGAGUAUUACCUUAAUAACAUUGCUGAUAUGUAAUA